AAAAACUGUGGAGUCUGUGUUUGGACUAUUUAGAUUUCCGCCUUUGUAAGAAUGCUUUGUGCCGUAAGCGUAAUGACAGUGUCGCGUUACAGUUUACGGUGUUGAGCAAUUGUAAAUAUGUCAUUAUCGAAGGUUACUUCUUACGCACGACAACAAAACUAAAUUCGUAACGUUGGAACCAGUUUAUUUAAUUAUAUAUGCGGACGAUGUCGAUAGCCGGUUGUCAAUUUUGAUAAUUUCCUUGUACCAUGAUGGGAAUAUUGUAUGAGAAACGGCCACUAAAACGGCCUAGACUAGGGCCGCCUGAUGUAUAUCCUCAAGAACCCAAGCAGAAAGAAGACGAACUUACUUCUGUAAACGUCAAACAUGGAUUCUCUACAUUGCUGCAAUUGUCCGAUGAAUUUGGGACUGCAAGAAAUUGUAAUGUCACUGCCGCCAAAGUGGGAGCAUAUUUCAAUGGGAUUCUUGCAAAGAAGGAAGAACUCUCUACGAUGCCGGACACAGGUAGAAAAAGACAACAGAUCAAUCCGAAGGAUAAUUUCUGGCCAGUAACUGCGAGAACAAAAAAUGGCAUCGAAGCAUGGUUCAAGGAUCUCUCUGGUUGCAAACCGCUAAUAGCUCUGGCGAAAAGAGCUCCAAACUUCAAUAAGAAAGAAGAGAUAUUUAUGAUGUUGUGCGAAUAUCAGGUACCGAUGCUUCGGGCAGCCUGGUUCAUUAAACUUAGUUCUGCUUAUACGGUAGCUGUUUCCGAGGCCAAAAUAAAAAAGAGACAAUUGCCUGAUCCAACGACAGAAUGGACAGGAACUCUCAUUAAGUUUUUAAAGGAUCAACUUUCCAAACUACAAGAGUAUUAUUAUAUAAAUAUUCAUGGAGCAAAUAGUACUAGUAACAAUGGUAUUACAAACAAUUCUUGUAAUGGUAAUAAUUCUGGAAAUACCAAUAAUAAUAAUAAUAAUAAUAAUAAUAAUAAUAGUAAUAAUAAUAAUAACAACAACAACAACAACAACAACAGUGUUAACAAUACUACUAGUAAUAACAAUGGGGUUGCUAAUAAUCCACCAACUACACCAAAUUCUAAUAAUCAAACAGCAACUGGGAAUUCCAUGAACGAGGAGCAUAAGUUAGCAUUGAAACAAUGGCAUUAUUGCGUGCAAUUAGCAAAAUAUAUGUUCGAGGAAGGUUUACUAGAUAGACAGGAAUUACUGCAGUGGAUUUUAGAAUUAUUAGAUAAAAUUAAAUCAUCUCCUUCCGAGGAUGGCAUUUUAAAACUCUUGUUGCCAUUGGCAUUGCAAUACUUGGAAGAAUUUGUGCAGUCCGAAUUACUAGCCAGACGUUUGGCGUAUCUGUGUUGUCGUAAAUUGGCGCACAUGUGUAGCAACGUGGAGAUCAACGGGAAUCCUCAAAGUCCGUCCGUAAACAAAAACGAUGUUAAUAGUGGAAAAGACACUGCCACUGCUAAUCAAACGCCAAAUCCAUUAACCGCUGCUUUUAACGAUUACUUGUUGUGUCCGCACCACAGGGAUGUAAUAUACAGUUUAUCAACAAUUAUACAGGUAAUCACAUUAGAAUGUCCAACAGCAUUGGUAUGGAACAGUGUUGGGGAAGGAAAAGCUCCUUCCGUAUUAAAUGGUUCUCCUUUGGACUAUUUAUCUUGUCCUCCAACAGCUUUGCCAUGUCCACCCGCGAGUGCGACUAAUCCAACUUUGAAACAACUAAAGAUUGCCCAAGAAAAUAUUCGAGCAAGAUCUCAGGCUGCGGAAGGUAAAUGGUCGUGCGAUAAAUGGCAGCAAAGCAGCGCGGGGAUAACGACUACUAAAGUGCUAGCUGCUUUGGAUGCUCUGGAUAGGCACAGUUUCGAUAGAAUGGAUUCCACCAACUCGUUAGACACGCUUUACGCUAAGAUAUUUAUGUCACCACCAAAGGAUAACACCAAUGAACGCGACUCAAAAACAGAGUAUAAUCCGCAACAAGAUUCUGCCGUAGUUGAAAUUUUGUGCGAAUGGGCUGUUAGCGCCGAACGAUGGGGAGAACAUAGAGCAAUGGCAGUGGCAAAGUUGCUCGAAAAACGACAGAGCGAAGUAACUGGUGAAACGAAUGAUAACGAUGAUAAAGACAGUGUUUGUAGUAACGGAAAUCCGCCCGUGCUUCCAAUCUUUCAACCGUUGCUUAUGAAGUUUUUGGACAUGGACGCCCCGGUAUUAGAUAAUACAUCAGCUCAAUCAAAAGUACAGUUCACGAAUUUGGUUCACUUAUUUUCAGAAUUAAUUAGGCACGAUGUAUUUUCACACGAUGCAUAUAUGUGCACUCUCAUUUCUAGAGGGGAUCUUAUACAAGGUCCAGCGGCAAGCAAGCCUGGAACUCCCAGUAAUCGAGAACCAAUCGAUGAAGAUAGCUUGUUUCCGGGGAUAGACUUGAAACCGGCGAAGUUAGAAGUACCGGAUCAUGGGAGAACAAUGGAUUACGACGACAGUAAGAUAGACGAUGACCUGGAUAAAAUAUUGCAGCACAUCAAAGAGGACCAACAAAAUAGUAUGGACGCCCCUGAUAGUCCUAAAGAAGAUGCAUUAGCUGGACAUAGUACGCAGGAAGGACUGGACUCCAAGAUACCAUCCAGCCAUAGUAGACAUUUGUUGUAUACAACACAUUUUCCAUUGCCGCAGGAUGAGACGUGCAGCCAACACGAUUGCAAUCAACGACACGUGCUACUUUACGGAGUAGGCCGUGUUAGAGACGACGCUAGGCACGUUGUCAAAAAGAUGACGAAAGAAGUGUGCAAAUUGUUUGGAAAAAAGUUCAGCAUCGACGUCGCGGAGGGUGGGAAAGUGAAGAAACAUUCCCGCAGCGAAUUCAAUUUCGAAGCGAUCACAUUGAAAUUUCAGAACUUGAGUUACUUCGAUCAACAUGUAGUGACCUGGCAGUGCGCGACCCAAGUGAUCGAAAUGCUGAACUCGUUUGCACUAGCUGGAUCAUCUUAUUUGCCGGUGCAAGAACACGUAGCCUUUCUCUUCGAUCUAAUGGAACUAGCUCUGAAUAUAUACGGUUUGAUAGACGUUUGUAUUCAAAUUUUGAAAGAGCUUCCAGAAGUCGAGACACAAUUGACCGCUAAAAACAGUCAACUCGUUAGAAGUUACACUACGAGUUUGAGCCUCUAUGUUGUAGGCGUAUUAAGGAGAUACCAUUGUUGUUUAUUACUAUCUCCGGAACAAACAACCGCUGUAUUCGAUUUACUUUGUAAAAUUGUCAAACACGUGUCGAAUCCCAGCGAUUGUAGCUCUGCCGAAAGAUGCGUACUGGCACAUCUCUACGAUUUGUAUUCGUCUUGUUCAUUGUUGAAAACAAAGCCUCACGGAGUGGAAGCAUUCAGUAAUGCCUACCCGAAGAUUCGAACUGCUCUUUACAGCACGCUACAACCGACCACAUCGAGUCACGUGUACAAUUCUCAAUUCAUGGUAGAUGUUUUUACCAGUCCGAAACGUGGCGGAAAGAUCGAACCACAGUGGGCCAGGCAACUGAACGAGACGCCGGCCAAUCGUUACAGUUUCGUUUGCAACGCGAUCGUUGCAGUUUGCAGCGAAACAGACAACGACAAACUGAACGAUAUCGCAAUAACUUGUGCCGAAUUGACCGCUUGCUGCAACGCGCUGAACGCCGAGUGGCUCGGAGUUCUCAUGGCGCUAUGUUGCUCGUCGAACAGUUCUGCUUUCUAUAUCGACGUUCUAAACCAAGUCGACGUACAAGAUCUAAGCAUACACAAUUCACUCGCUGUAUUCACAUCAAUUUUAAUCGCAAGACACUGCUUUUCGUUGGAGGAUUUUGUCGUUCAUAUAGCACUGCCAUCCUUGGUUAAAGCCUGCAACGAGGGCCGCGGAGAUGCGGAUAUGGAAGCCGAAGCCGGAGCACGUCUAACAUGUCACUUGCUGCUGCGACUGUUUAAAACGGUCGAGUGCCCUCAGCCGGCUCUGUAUUCCGUGAGCACGAGUCCCCAUCCUUUACCGAAUGGAAACUCUAGGGGUUACAGUAUCAAAUUAAGUUGCGACCGACACUUGUUAGCCGCUGCUCAUAAUAACAUCAGGGUUGGUCCGGUCUUGGCAGUGCUUAAAGCUAUACUCGUAGUCGCGGACGCAACUGCUGGCAAACAACCACCAAAGAAGCCGGACGUGCCGAUGAAUCAUUCGAGCAAAGCCGGUGGACCAGCUAGCGUCGGGGUUGGCGUUGGUGUCAGCACGGGUGGACCGAACGAACUAUCCAUUAGUCAUAUCCUCGGUACCAGCGACAUUCUAGGCGGUGGCGAUGACUUGGGGCUUGACUUGGCCAUGUCGUCGUCUAGCAGCAGUGCUGGCAUAACUACGGAAAACGUUAAAGGAUUGUCAGAUUUCGCACAGCACGUGCUAAGACAAAUUUGCAGCCAGGAAUGGGUUUUAGAGAGAUGUUUGCAGAAUCCCGAGGAACUUUGUCAUCCAGAUAUGUUAUUAGACAAUAUGUUGACACCUCGUCAAGCUCAAAGUUUACUCCACAUGAUCUGUUAUCCGGAAACUUCUACCGACGCGUUUAUCGACCAAAAAACUCACAUCACGAACAUUUUGGAGAAUUUGGAACAAUGGAGUCUGCGAAUGUCCUGGCUCGAUCUGCAGCUUAUGUACAAACAAUUUCCUCCUGGAUCCAGCGAUCUUUCGCAAUGGUUGGACAUGGUUGCUAAAGCUGCGAUCGACGUGUUUCAAUUAAACACCGUGUCGAAUAAACCGGACAAACGGUCUGGAUCCAUAUGGCUGGUCGCUCCGUUGGUUUCGAAACUGCCAAGUGCUGUGCAAGGCAGAGUUCUUAAAGUUGCCGGUCAAGUAUUGGAAUCCGGCAAUUGGUCGAAAACGGCGGCCGGUCGUGAAAGAGGUAGAUCCAAAUCGCCGUCACUUUUCAAUCACCAGCCAUUCCUUUCGUUGGUUCUCACUUGUUUGAAAGGACAAGACGAUCAAAGAGAAGGUUUGCUGAUGUCCUUGCACUCGCAGCUAUCGCAAUUUCUGAACAUCAGUAAAGAAGAAAAGAGUUUCGCCACCGAAGAUCCGAAGUCGAGAGAGGUGUUGCAGGAUGCGCUUCAGUUAAGGUUCAGUCUCGUUGGUGGCGUUUUCGAUACCAUACAAAGGAACACCACCGUUACCACAGACUGGGCUAUUCUUUUAGUCCAGUUAGUUAGCUACGGCGUUAUAGACUUGAGCAACAAUUCCGAAUUAUUUACAACGGUCAUAGACAUGUUGGCAACUCUGAUACAUUCGACGCUCGUUUCCGACUCUCAAUCCGAAAAAGAUGAAAACAAGAAACAUUAUCAGAAUCUAAUGAAGAAGCUGAAGAAGGAACUAGGCGAUAGAAAUUCUCAAAGCAUUCGAUACGUCAGGCAAUUGUUGCCGUUGCCAAAACUGACGAUGGAAGUGAUUACCUGUGAACCGGUUGGUUGUUUAACAGACACGAAAGGCAACAAGAUAGCUGGCUUCGAUAGUAUAGAUAAAAAGCAGGGUUUGCAAGUCUGCGAUUCGCAGAGAGUGUCCGCGUGGGAGGUAUUGGAAGGUCACAAAAAUCCGGCACCGAUAUCUUGGGCUUGGUUCAGAGCAGUGAAAUUGGAGCGUAAACCCUUAACGUACCAGAAUGCCCAUAAACUUUUGCGAUAUCAUACUCAUAGCCAGAUCAGAACACCUAGCCACUACUUGGAUCCACCACCGUUACCUCCGGAAGAUCUGGAACCGGACAAAAAGGAGUCCGAGCCUGGAAAAGCUGACACACCCAUGAGCAUCGAUUCUCCUGGGAGAGUAACAGGCAGCGUUGGUAGCAGCGGUAUCGGUAGCGCUGUCACCAAUGGUAAAGGAAAAGCUAUGAAGACCAGAAGGCACAGAAAGAAUAAGGGGCCAGCCACGCCCACUGCACCAGUGUCGCAGCAAAUUCAGCAAGCACCGAACCAAUUACAACAAAUGGCCUUUGGAAAUCAACAAGUACCUGUCACCCAACAACCUGGAAUGUUUACCGGUCAACCGCCGCAGCAUCAGCAGCAGUGGUACGCGAAUCAGCAAACUCAUGCACCGGCCCAACAAUACGGAUACGGCCAACAGCUACCGCCAACCCCGGUCGGACAAAGAUACGACAGGCCGGGCAUGAACAAUCAAUCGAAACAGGCGCUUUCUCAUAUGCUGCGUCUACGAUUGCCGCCUUCCAAUCAAUUGAUGAGCUCCCAACAGCAACCAAACGCUACGCCUGUCGGUGGACCAGGAGCUUUCCAAGGGAUGCAAAGACAGCAGUUCAUUAGGCAACAACUGAGGGCACAACAUGGAGCUCCUAAUAUGAAUCCGCAACAAGGAAUGUUCGCUUCGCAGCAGCAACAACAACAACAACAACAACAGCCGCAACAACAAGGAAUUUACUCUGGAAUGCAACAAGGAAUGAAUCAAAACUAUGCAGGAUACGGAGGUCAGCAAAUGAUACCGCAACAACAACCGCAGCAGCAGCAACAACAACAACAACAACAACAACAAGCACCGCAACAGACGCAACAACAACAACAGCAACAACUACUGCAACAGCAGCAACAGGGUUUGAUGAAUCAACAACAGAACAUGAUGUUUUCUAAUCAACAGCAAAUGAUGGGACCGCAACGUGGACAAGAAUAUAUGCCGCAACAACGUAUGCAACCUGGAGCUGCUAGACCGCCUUAUCUUCAGGCUCCAAAUGUUACGAUGAAUACGAUGGGUCCGAUGGGAGGCGGAGUCCAAAAUCAACCGGCUCCACCGUAUAGACAAACUAGUGGAAAACCCGGCGCGGUUGGAGUGACCGGGGUAGGCACCGCGAACGUUGGGUUACAACAAAAUCAACAAUUUCAACAACAGCAGCAGGCAAUUAAUCAGCAACGUAUGAGACAACAAAUGCUCGCGAUGCAGCAACAACAACAGCAAGCGCAACAGCAGCAACAAGCGCAACAACAACAACAAGGCAAUACCGGUGGGCAACAGCCGACGCCCCAAUUAGUAACGCAUUUGCAACGACAUUUAAGCCAACCACCGCAACAUUAUCAGCAUCAACCGCCGCCUUAUUAGUGAUUUAAUAUGUACAUAAAAUAAUUGAUACAUUGUACAAGAACGAUUUAUACGAAGUGUGUACAUCCGAAUUACAAUAGUUAAGUAACUUAAUUUGCAGUAUGAAUGUGUAAAGCGUGCCAUGCCAAAGGCAAUAAAGUGGAAACAAUUUCAGACGUUGGAAUCCGAUUUCCUAUGCAUUUGACUUUCCAAAUAAAUUAUAAUGUAACCAGCAUGAAAUAUAAUCCAUGUCGAUUUGUUGAAACAAUUGUAUAAUUCCUGUACCUGAGAACAAAAUAAACUGACAGCAAAGUCUCUUUUACAAGAUUAAA